AUGUUUUUCUCUCGAACGCGACUGAACAAUUAUUUCGGACGAUUUGUCAACGACCUGCUAAAAUGCAACUGCCAGGAAUGCAGAAUAGCGAAGGAAGUUGACAUGGAUAUAAUGGGGAUUUCAGGCAUGAAAACCCUACUUCAGGGCCACCCAUGGAUCCUCGGCUUCAUGAUAUACCUUGGAAAGCUGCAUUUCAUAUACUAUUGGAUCAAGUGGGGAUUCUUCGACUCCCGAGGAGUACUCAAGAACGCAAUCCUGGACGAUGCGCUUGUAAAAAAAGAUUUGAUCCAGACAGAACCUGAUCGAUUGAUUUUCCAAAAGGCCUACAACCAUGCCAUUUCCAUGUUCUUCCCAAUGUCCUUCCAGAUCGAAAACAAUGAGGCUUGCCCCUACCGCUAUCUUCCUGAAUCUCGCAGGUUCCCAUACUCUAGGGAGGAACCAAUAUCAACAAAAGGGUUCUACGGCGUCAUGACCAAAGUGGAGAUAGUUCCAGAAUAUCUGGAUAGAAGGAUCGUUGAUCUCGUUGUGGAAAGAUACCCUACCUCAGGGACUGAUGCCGGGAGUGAUCGAAAGCUCUUAUUUGCGCUAAAGUCAGUAAGGAUACAGGAUUCUGAGUCGCCGCUGAAGAGUAUGGAGCGCAAUGUGCUAGACAUGGUUUCGCGAAUCGAAAGGCCCGCCUCAGAAAACAUGAUUACUCUUUUGUUCGCGUACAAAUGGAAGGAUCAGAUACAUUUCCUUUUUCCAUUUAUCGAAAUGAAUCUGGAUGACGUGUUGCGACAAAGGAAGUGCCCCCGGAACUGUUCAUCAAAACUUGGACCAGACGAACAACUCCCCAAUCACUGGCUAUGGAGUGAGAUGAAGGGUGUUUGUUAUGCUUUAAGUGUUUUUCACAAGAUGAUAAAAAGUCCCUUCGAUAACAAUAAAGGAAUUGUUAUCGGUCUACACUUUGACCUAAAACCAGCAAAUAUCCUUGUUACUAUGGAUGGGAAACUCAAGAUAACCGAUUUCGGGCAGUCUAUUAUCCAGAUUCUCGGAAAGGAGGAAAAUAUGACUGUUCCUCACAAUCCAGGAGAUUCUCGAUACGCAGCCCCGGAAUCUCGUCCAACUCUAGAUUACGACAAGGACGACCCAAAAGACAUAGAGGUGCUUCUCAAUUACGAUGUGUGGUCAAUGGGAUGCAUCAUGGUCGAGGUUCUCAUCCACAUGUUACACCUACAAACCCUCGAGACAUUUGACCAGAAACUCGCCGAGGAGCAACAUAUUGGGUUUUUCACAGGAUCCGACUUAAAACAAUGUGUUGAUUCAUUUCUGAAGGACCUUCAAGAAAUGUUCCGCAAUACACACCAGGGACAUUAUAUGGUGACAUUAUCGGAACUGAUCCGCAGAAUGCUGAGCCAUGAUAUAAAAAAGAGACCAUUUUGCUGGGAAGUGUUUGACGAGCUUGGAAGAGCGGAGAAGGAGUUGAUGGAUCCAUCUACACUGCGCGAUCGGAUCACCCCGGCGGUAAAGGCACACAAUCUAUCAGAUGGGGCAGGGUUCAAGGAGCUAGGAUGGGACAAUGGCCAAUCAAUAGUCUCAUUUGCAGACAAAGCAGGAAUCACUGUAGAGCUGGUCUAUCAACACGAUGGGCAUCGCGAGGAACAACCAAGACCUUGCCGGAUACGACUCUUCCGAGGAACUCCAAGACAGAAGCAAGGCCCAUUGGAGAUCGCUCUGGUUUGGGGGCUUGAUCAAGGAGGAAAGGUAGAUGUGCAGGAGAAAAGAGUCGAGUUGUCGAGGUGGUGCUUUUCACCCACCUACCUCUUCCGAGAUGAGACCAACGGUAAUGGAAGGUUCGAGUGCAGACUCUUACCAAUAAUGGGGCUUCCCGGUCAACGACAAUCAUUUGACCAGGUAUUCAUUUUCCAAUUCGAGUCUCUUGAAGUGAACGACGGUCACAAAGUAUUCAAAAACGGCGAGAACUUUCCGGGCAAGCAUUGCGUCAAUAUCGUCAACAACGACGCUACAAGGCACGAAUCAUAUUUAGUCUGGCAACUACCACCACAACCAGCAUGGCAGUCUCAAAGCCUGAGCGAGACACCGCAUGCGUCGUCGUCUAUCUUGCUCGGGGCCGACUACCAGAAGACUCCGGGAGUGGAGAAUAAGGACUCCUUCAAGGUGGAGGGCUCCUUCAUUCUGACCCACUACCAGAUUUAA